AUGAAGUUUUCAACCAUUUUAGGAGUAACAUCUGCUGUUAUUUCAAGUACUAUCGCUAGUCCACUUUUCAAACGUGACAUUAAUGAAACUGCUUUAGCUGAAGAAGUUGUUGAUACUACAAACAACAAUAUUCAAACUUCUUAUGGUAAACCAUUUGCUGUUUAUCAACCAAAAGCAUUCAUUAUUUCUAUGUUUGAAUUAGAAAGAGAUCCAUGGUUAAAAGCAUUGGAUUUUGUUCAUAAUAUUACUGUUCCUGGUUUAUCUCCAGUUUACCCAACUAUUCACUGUACUACUAAUUAUACAAUUUGUCAAAUUACUACUGGUGAAGGUGAAAUUAAUGCUGCUAGUUCAAUGACUGCUUUAGCAUUAAAUCCAUUAUUUGAUUUAACUAAAACUUAUUUCUUAGUUGCUGGUAUUGCUGGUGGUGAACCAGAAUAUACUACUUUAGGUGGUGUUACAUUUGCUAAAUAUGCUGUUCAAGUUGGUUUGGAAUAUCAAUUAGCUUAUGAAGAUUAUAUUGAAACUAAUCCUGAUUGGGUUUCUGGUUAUAUUCCAUAUGGUACUGAUAAUCAAAAUUCUUAUCCUGGAAAUGUUUAUGGUACUGAAGUUUUUGAACUUAAUGAAGCAUUAAGAGAUAGAGCAUUUGAUUUAGCUUCUAAUGUUACUUUAAACAAUGGUAAUAAAUUGAAUGCUAAAUUUAGAAAAUUAUAUAAUGAAACUGCUGCUAGAGGGGAUGCUAAAGCUGUUAAAUGUGAUGUUUUAACUAGUGAUAAUUAUUUCACUGGUAAUGUAUUGAAUGAUUAUUUUGCUAAUUAUACCAAAUUGAUGACUAACGGUUCAGCUACUUAUUGUUCUACUGCACAAGAAGAUAAUGCUACUUUGGAAGUUUUAACAAGAUUGAACAAGUAUGGUUUAGUUGAUUAUGAUAGAAUUGUGGUUAUGAGAACUAUUUCUGAUUUCUCAAGACCUCCUCCAAGUAUGUCAACUUAUGAAUAUUUCUUUAACAGAACUGAUGGUGGUAUUUCUGCCAGUUUGGAUAAUUUGGUUAUUGGUGGUACUCCAAUUAUUCAUGAUAUCAUUCAAAACUGGGACAAAGUUUAUGAAAAAGGUAUCAAGUACACUUCUAAGAAUUACGUUGGUGAUAUUUUCGCUACCUUGGGUGGAACUCCAGAUUUUGGAAAAUCAUCUUUUGAAAUUGCUUAA